GCAAUUAAUUCCUGUUGAUGAAUUCCCAGAAAAAUAACAUUUAAAAUGCAUAUCUAGUGCUGGGGGAAACCGAAACCAAUGUAAAAAAAAAUGUCGGUUGGAUUUUAAUUGUUGGAUUGGAGCAGGCUGUUAAACUCUUUGAUACCUACGUUUUAACCGAACUGUUUGUUAUUGCGUUCUUUAACGUUUGAGUUUUGAUGUAAUUGGAAGAAGUUGCUGAGGUUUAAAUGAAGACUCAAUAUGAACUGGUAGUCUGUGCUCAUUACCUGAUACUUGCUGAAUAGUGUGUGAUACUUUGGAAUGCCCAGGAUAUAAGUUUGGACAUUGCAGUGAACCUGUGCGUUAUUUUCUCCUACAUACCCACCUGCGUUUGUAAUCCGUCCCGUGGUACGUAUUGUACAGCGAAAAACAACAAUAACAAUCUUCAAAGAGCGCCGAUAUAAUGUGGAAGAGCCAGCAAUUUCUGUGGGUUCGAACUUUCUGUACCGCACUGACUCUCUGUGUACUGAGUAGAGUUGGAACUGCUGAAGAAAAUGAUCUGAAGACAGGGGGAACCUCAAAGCCAGAUUUCUCAUGUAUUGAUGCCGAUCGCUUCUAUGACCAUUAUGUCUGGACAAAGCAGGAGCAGGAACAUUAUUUAUUUUGUCCACUGAGCAAGGAACUGCUGCAGCGGAUACCAUCUGCCUCAGAAUUCACUGUUGAGUGGAUCAAGAACUGCCUUCCUUUUAAUAUUAACCAGAGUUCACAUAUAACUAACAGCACCUAUCCAAAUGGAACUGCAUUUCUCACAUUCCAUACCCUCCACAACUCUGAUGCUGGGAAUUAUACUUGCGUAGUCAGCUUGAACAGACAGAGAUUUCACUCCUUCACUAUGCAACUCCGUAUAGAAGAUAGUCGCUGUACUGUAGCUCCCACAUUCCUGUCUCCUUCUGGAAAUCAGACUUACUUUCUGCCUGUUGGCUUUUGGAUGGUGUUGAAUUGUACAGUGAAGCUACUCUAUGACCAGAAGUUCAACUGGUGUGACUCAAACAUCGAGUGGAGUAAAGAUGGACAUGUGAUCAUGAACAGUAGUAAAUACAUCUCCACUGAGGAGACCAGGUUUAAUCAUAAUGCUUCAGAGAAAUUUCUCUCUAGUCUUCUGAACAUCAGCAUGAUGGGCGAGAGUGACUAUGGAAUCUUCGCCUGCUUCAUUAGAAAAGGAUCAGCAACCUUCACAUUACAAAGAGAUUAUAAUGCCAGCCACGUGCCAGCAGUACUGGGUGCUCUCCUGGUGCUAUUUGCAUUGCUCCUGGCUGGAUUACUGUAUGUGAAGUGCCGACUGGAUCUGCAGCUGUGGUACAGAAAUAAAUAUGGUGAAUUUGAAAUGAAUGAUGGGAAGUUAUAUGAUGCUUAUAUAUCCUAUGUGUCUGCUGAUGAUGACCGCAAAUUUGUCAACUUCAUCCUGAAGCCACAUCUGGAGAACAAAUAUGGAUACAAGUUACACUUGGAUGAUUGUGACAUUCUUCCAGGAUCAGAGCCCUCGGCAGAACUGAUAAUGAACAUUAGUCGCUGCCGUCGUCUGAUUGUAGUGCUAUCCAAAUCAUACCUGGAACAGGACUGGUGCAGGCUGAACUUUAGGGAAGCACUGUGGCAACUACUGGAUCUCUCCAGAAGACCCAUCUUUAUUAUGUUUGAAAGUCAGUACAGGGAACUAUCUCACCCAGCUAUUCAACUUCUCAAAUCACAGAGGAAAAGUUUUACUCUCCUGCUGUGGACUUCCACAUCAAUGACACCUUCCUCUGAAUUCUGGAAACAAUUACGAUUGCUCUUACCUCGGAAAAUUUCUCACCGAAGUGUUAUGGCAGAUCCCCAGACUCGACUCCAGGAUGACAAGGAUCCUAUGCUAAUCCUUAAUCCAGAUUACCUGGACUGCAGAUGUGACCCUGAUCCUGAAGGGGACUUGGGAGUGAGAGCACCAAUUUACAAAGGCCCUCCCCCACCCGUAUUUGCUCUUCCUAAGAUGAAGACUAAUCCCAGUGUGGAACCUCCUUCUGAGUACGCAGAAAGAAAUGAUGUGGAUAUUGCAGAUCUGGGAUCUCGAAAUUAUGGAACAAGAACAGAUUUCUACUGCCUUGUAACUGAAGAUGACAUUUGAAUAUGGGUGAUCACAAUGCAUAAUAGUGAAUUGCCCUUUCCAACCCCAACAUAGCUGUCAAUUUUGCAUCUCUGCCAUACAAUCCCCAUCAAUCUGUCUCUUUAUUUGGUUAAACAUUCAGUACACAGCUGAGUAUUUUCAUCUCAUGUUAAGAGCAAGGAAUACAUUGCCAUGCUAUAACCAAUUCUAGAGAUAAUUUUGCUGUAUUCAUGCUACGUUAUAUUACUCUAGCUGGAAUUCUGCCCAUUCAAAACAGGUGAAAGGAUGUUUUUUUUUUAAAAAAAACCUUAAUGUUAAAACAAAAUUAAUGGCUAUUUUAACAUACAAUGUCUAAUCUUUCCUGAAAAGAUGAUCUCUACAUAUGGCUGGAGAAACAGGUCAUGAAGUCAAAAUGAUGGAUUAUGUAUUUUUUUAAGGAAUCUGCAGUAACCCUGGAGCAAAGAUCAGCCUGAAGGUUAGUGGUCACGUUGUAAGUUUUCCCUUCACUGCUGUGCAAGCUGUAGGCCUCCAUUGCUUCUCAUCUCCAUUAUAGGGUGAGGACAGGGGACAUUCUGUAUUCUCCUUUUCCCUCACUAUUCUCACUGCUGUCUACAGUCACCUGAAAUUGUUGUAUUUUUGAUCCCUAACACUAUUACUGCUCUUAAAUGUCAAUCUUAAUUUUGGAAGGUAUACAAUUACUGAGA